GACAAUCGUCCCUGCGGCGUUCAGCCAGCCCGUGUCGGUCGUCUUCAACAACAAAGCCAUGGUGUACAUUGGGGCCGGGCUGGUCGCCAUCAUCGGCACCUUGUCGCCUGUGGCCACGGCCCUCCUGUCUCGCGUGUUCGGGCGCAAGCUGGCCUACCUGUCCUGGCUGGGCGUCCUCGUGGCGUUCUUAG